CUUGGAUGCUACUAGCAGGCUACGAGCAGAUAUCAAUGUCGACUUUGGGAUAGCUAUCGUCGUAUUUCUGAUAGUGCAGCAUUGUAAAAAGAGCUAGAGAACUCGGAACGAAAGCUGCAAGUAGAGGAUAUAAUUUCGGUAAAUCUGAGUUGGGCUUUUUGGUGACGAAAUCACGAACGAUCCCAUUUGGAAUGCCAAAUUCACCAACUCCAAACACUUGCAAAUAAGACCAACGACUCGAUAGAUUUUGGUACAUGAACCGCUUUCUCCUUCUCCAAGAUUCAACAUGAGCGAUAGACAAUCAAUCGUCUUUGUGCGCUCCAAUCCCCGGACUGUUGUUCUCCGCCCGGCUGUAAAUGUAUCACAGACAGCAUUGGUAUUCGAAUGCAUAGAAGGUGGCGUUAGAACAAGGUCGACUGCCCGUUUCCAGCCGUCGGAUACUCUUGAUUUUUCAACCUUUGAGCUGCUCCAAGCGCGGCCCGUCUUUGGCUGCCUUGGUUUGGUACAAGUCGGCAACGACCUUUUUAUUGGAAUUGUUACAGAAGCUACCAAGGUCGGAGACCUUGAGAGUGCACCGAUAUAUCGCAUUCAGAGAGUUGCCUUCUACUCUCUCCUCUCCGAUAGAUAUGACCUUUCGGCUCAAACUUUACCCAUUGACGGAAAUCCAGACGAAACAUCUGUUGCGACGAUACAUCCAUGCCAACCUCUUAUCAAGCUGCUGUCUACCGGUUCGUUCUACUUUAGCCCAACAUUAGAUCUGACCCGAUCGGCACAGAAGCGUUCCGUGGAUGUUCAGCAGGGGGGAUCGGCUGUGAAUAUUUUUGACAAUGCCGAUGCUCACUUUGUCUGGAACAAGCACUUGUUGAGUGGAUUGCUGCAGAUAAGGGAGCAGGAACUGUCAGCUCCGGAGAGAGAAGACCUUCUUGCGGGAGGUUUACUAGUAUUGGCCAUUCAGGGUUACGUUGGGAUGGUUGACUUCACAAUCGGGAGUUUACCUUGUCGAAUGGCUGUGAUAUCGCGGCUUAGCUGCAAAAGAGCUGGAACUCGUUUACUUUCGAGAGGGGUGAAUGAUGACGGGCAUGUAUCGAACUUUGUCGAGACGGAGUUCCUUCUGUAUGGCGCGCAUUCAACCUUUUCCUUCCUUCAGAUUCGUGGAAGUGUGCCAGUGUUUUGGGAGCAAACGGGGAUUCAGAUGACGCAUAAAGUAACCAUAUCGAGAGGGGCCGAGUCUUCUGCUCCGGCGACAAGAAAACACUUUGAGGAACUGAUAUCGCGAUAUAACAAAAUCCAUGUGAUCAACCUGUUAGGACAAAAAGAUGGCUCGAGUGAGCAGAUGCUCAGUGAGCUGUUCCGCCAGAGCAUAUCCAAGAUGAUUGAUCUUAGCGAUGCUCUUGCAUAUACGGAAUUUGAUUUUCACGCCAUUAUAAAACGAGAGGGCUAUGAACGGUUGAGCGAGCUAGUGGCUUUGCUCCGACGGCCGUUAGAGGACUAUUCGUACUUCCUGGCAGAUGCAGAUGCGGGUAGUACGAUCUUCAAUCAGCAAGGCGUUGUGCGCACAAACUGCCUUGAUUGCCUUGACAGGACGAAUGUUGUGCAAACGCGAUUGGCACGACAUGCUUUGGAAGGGUAUUUGAGGCAGGUUGAUCGCCGCUUUACACCGAUUGAAGAGGACAACUUUGCAAUACUUUUCAAUGGGCUUUGGGCUGAUAAUGGAGAUUGGCUGAGCAAGAUAUACGCGGGCACCGGUGCACUAAAGUCAUCUUACACCCGCAAGGGCAAAUCGACCGUGUUAGGCUUUCUUGACGACGCUGCCAAAUCGGUCAAUCGGUUUUACAUUAACAACUUCCAAGACAAAACAAGACAAGAAGCGAUCGAUCUACUCCUUGGAAAGCUCGCAAAUGCUGACACUGUCCUUCUGCGGAAUCCAUUGCACGAUGCGGUGGCGAAGGAGAUGCACAAGCGCCUGCCAGAGUAUUCGUCUUCCGCUCGCGUCACGAUGUUCCUAGGGACGUGGAAUGUUAAUGGGAAGCACGGUCGUGGGGAGAACAUGGAUUCGUGGUUAAAAUCAGAUAAAGUCGAGUUUCCACAUUUGUACGCGAUAGGCAUUCAGGAGCUUAUUGAGCUUACACCUGGUCAGUAUAUAUCGGCUGAUACAAAUAAGCUACGACUCGACUGGGAGGCCACGUUGAUGCGAGCCAUAAACGGACGACCUGGAGCAAACUAUGUUCUCCUGCGAUCCUUGCACUUGGUAGCGCUGGGCAUUUUUGUUUUUGUCCGCGCAGAUUCGGUGAACAUGAUUCGGCAUGUAGAAAGCUCUACCAAAAAGACCGGUCUGGGAGGCAUGGCCGCCAAUAAAGGUGGCAUCGGUAUCAGUUUUAGCAUCAAUGACACCAGCGUCGCUCUGGUUACUGCCCAUUUGGCGGCUGGUCAGAGUAAUGUGGAUGAACGAAAUCGAGAUUACUGGACAAUCCAUGAUGGACUGAAUUUCCGUGGAAGGAGAUUAGCAGAACAUGAUAUGACGUUCUGGUUCGGUGACUUCAACUACCGGAUCAGUGCUCCAAACGAAGAAGUUCGCAGACGGGUCGGCCACAAAGAGCUCGACUACUUGUACCUCAAUGACCAACUCAAUGAGCAACGAGCCUCUGGUGGCGCAUUUGAAGGAUACCAGGAGGGUGCUAUAACCUUUGAUCCGACCUACAAGUAUGAUAACGGUACGACCAUCUAUGACACGAGCGAAAAGGCUCGUGCACCGGCAUGGACGGACCGGAUACUUUUCAAAGGUCGCCAUAUACUAUUGCGAGAGUAUGCCAGGGGAGAAAGUCUCAUAUCCGAUCACAGACCCGUUCGAGCGGUGUUUGAACUAGACAGUGUCAUUAUUGACCGAGAUCGAAAGGAUGUACUUCAAAAGGAGAUAUACAAGGAGAAAAUGGCCAGCAAAGAUCUCCCACCACCUUUGCCCGUCCGGCCACAAGGUCCACCGCCAAAGAUCCAGCGGCCUCCAUCCACAGGACUCCUUAUUGACCUCGCGGAGGAUACAAAUCCACAACCGCAACAAACAUCCAUCUUUCCAAGCGAGACAACACCCGCAUCCACAAGCAUCGGUGCUGCUCUCGGUUUCCGCGACUCUUUCCCACCAGCACGACCCGAUUCCUUCCCACCAACCAAAAGCCUCGAUUCCUCAUUACCUCCUCCAUCAUCUGAUACUUACAAAUGGUGGGAACGGCAAAUUGAUGAUGCAUGGAUACCUAGGGAAGGCGAUGGCAAGAACCCAUUUUACACAUUCCCAUCCCAGUCUACGUCAUCCAUUAACUCUCAGCAACCUCUGGCCCCCCAACUGCCUCCGGCUGGCCGCUCCUUCACCGUCCCUUCAAACACCUUCAACCGACCCCCACAGACAGCGUCUGCAACUCCACGAUCAUAUACUGUGUCUUCAUCCGUGUCGGCAAGUAAACAUAACCCUUUCUUGGAUCCACCCAGGAAUACCAACCCUUCGAUGGAUGUGGCGACUGGCGGAUUCCCCGACUCCACAGAAAAUAGUUCACGGCAGGGAACGGGGCGUGGGAAGUUGAAUCCUGAGCUCAUACAGUUGUUUGGACAAGGUGCAUAGGACGAUGAAAGAUUAGGGUUACCAGUUUUGGCAGUUUUAAACUAUUAUUUAUCUGAUACAAGCAUCUGAUAAUCUCCUGUCCACAAAUAGUUACCAUCUAAAAAAAAAAAAAAAAUCACUGUUCCAUUCCAA